AUGGCUACUCUUAUCGAAAAUAAUCCUGCAAUACCUCCUGGGGCAACUGAUCCCGAGAAAGCCGCAGAAGAACUUUCUGCUGCAAUGGAAGAAUCGAAGCUUGACGAGACACCUACGGCGACGGCUACUGCUUCGACAAAUCCACAGCACAGCAACACAUCGAACCCGUCAAACACGCUGAACCUUCCACGCAGUGCAGCUGAUGGGCUUGUCAAGACUCCGCUCGCCGAACCUUUGGAGACCGCGAAGCCUCCCUCCAGGCCUCCGUUAACGCCUGAACAAGAGAAAAAAUAUGACACUUUACUGAAGAAUGUACUGUCCUGGACUGAUUUGCCCGAGACAUCUGCCAAAGGCUCAAAGGCGUCGCCUCUCACGGACUCUGAACGAAUGUUUCUAACCCGAGAAUGCUUAUUGCGAUAUUUGAGAGCCACAAAUUGGAAUGUUGCUCAAUCAGAACAAAGACUCAAGAAUACGCUGACCUGGCGGCGCGAGUACGGCCUUGAAAAACACACAAAGGACUACAUAUCUAUCGAGAACGCUACGGGCAAGCAAAUAAUUCUGGGUUGGGAUUAUCAUGGACGUACGUGCCAGUAUCUGAGACCGUCGAAACAAAACACGGAACGCAGCGAUCGCCAGAUCCAGCACCUUGUGUUUAUGCUUGAGCGGGCGAUUGAUUUGAUGCCUCCUGGUCAGGAAACAUUGGCUUUGCUCAUCAACUUCGCAGAGACCAAAUCUGGACAAGGCGCUACUCUUUCCCAGGGAAAGCAGACCUUGAACAUCUUGCAGAACCACUAUCCUGAGCGCCUCGGUCGUGCGCUGGUCACGAAUGUGCCAUUUUACAUUUGGGGCUUCUUCAAGCUCAUCACCCCAUUCAUUGAUCCGAUGACACGGGAAAAGAUCAGGUUCAACGAGGAUAUGGGUCUGCACGUGCCAAGGGAACAAUUGCUGAAAGAGAGUGGUGGGCUAGUCGAAUUCGAGUAUGACCAUGAACAGUAUUGGCCAGCACUGAAUGAUUUGUGUGAAUUGAAGAGGGCAGAACGGCAAGCUCGGUGGGAGAAGGGGGGAAAGAGAAUCGGCGAGUCCGAGCUGUACCUCAAAGGAGGCGAGGAGAAGAGUGUGGCGGAACGUGAGCAGGACGUAGCUCCCACGAGCACUUGA